GUUCACAGGAUCCUGGUACAAGGCAUCGGGGAGGAGGUCCAUGCAGUCCGCGUGGCCCCCUUCUUGGGGUGUCAAUCUGAUGCUAUCUCAGGACCCGAGGUUGUCCCUUGCGGGCUCGUAGGACGCGUUCUUAUUUCAAGACGUAGCUGAAACCUUGGAGGGGCGUCGCCUCUCCAAGAGUCCUCUUACUUAUAUUCCUCGUCCUUCCCCCACUCCUUGUCCCCUCUUCCCUCCCUCCUUGGUCUCACAUGUGGCUGGCUCUCCUGCAAGCCCUACUCGAGCACACUCAGACGCCGCCGACCUCCAAGCAGGCACUCCAGGUCUACUGGGACGUGAACAUCAGUGGAGACAAAUGCAGCCUGCAGAGCCUGCAAGACCAAGUGAGGCACUGUCGCAUCAGGCUCACGUGCUGCAGCAAGAAAAAGGGCGAGAAGCCCAAGCAGUUCAAGCUACACAUCAUGCUGUCGGCGCAGCUCCAGACCGCCCAGAUCACAUGGAACAGCCAGGUCGUGGGCACGGUGCACCAGGCCGUCUGCGAGUCUCUCCACGCCGUGGGCGGCAAGUUCAAGCCAGGGGGUCCACCGAGGGGUGGCCUCGAGAGGGAAACCGAGAAGCUGUUUGGCAAGAUUGGCGUGCAGAAGGGACCGACCGAGAUGGCGGUGGACAGAGACGAAGAAGCAUCGCAGUUCUAACUCAUAUUGCAGGCUCGAAGAGAAUGACGAUGAUGGCUCGCCAGCAUCUACUCCAGCACCAAGGGCUGACUGCGCUGCAAAAACGUUCCCCCGCC